AAUCUUUAGCACAUCUCCUAAAAGAGUGUUUCACCCAAUUUUCUAUUUAUUUUGAAGGGUUUUUUGGUUUAUUUUUUUUUUUGCAUAAAUGUUAUAAGACACGUGUGCAAUAUAAUAGUGUGACUUUAUUUUUGGACUAUUCAAGUUUUUUUUGAAAUUUUAGUAACAAAAAAUAAAUAUUAAAAGACUUUUUUGGAUGAUGAAACAGAAAAAUGGACAUUUGUAGGUAGGCGAUAUAUGUUUGUAUAUGCAAUUAAAAAUCAUACGGAAAGAUAUGAACAAUGUAUGCUGUAAUGAUGCUUUUUAUAUCCUAUUGUUGGUGGUACAAUGCUUGAUUUUUAAUACAGUAUUCUAGCUUAGGAUUUUGCAAUACAAUUUUGAUCUUUGCCAGGCAAUUUUGAAAACAGAAUUAUGUACUAAUAUCCAACAAUACUUUAUUGAGAUACUAUGUAAAAUUGAUUCUCAAUUGCAAAAAUCAAAAGGUCAGGUGAUCCCUUAGCAAUUCUCUCUAAUUAAAUAAGAUCUAGAGAUAAGUGUUGAAUCUUUUGAAAGAUAUUUGAAUCAUAGAUAUUCAUAUGUGGGAAUCCUCAUAAUUGUCGAAAAACAAUGCUUCGUUUGUGUAAAUGUACUUAUUAGUACAAGAAAGUAGCCUUGAAUUGAUCGUUUGAAAUUCUUAAAUUUGCUUUUAUCUAUUUAGACAAGGCUACUACGAAUGUAUAAGAGGCAAGUUAAGUCCAUCUAGCAAAUUCCCUUUUGGCAAAAUAUUUGAUUUUUGUACAAAUAGUAGGUUGGUUAAUUAAAAUGAUGGUUUUUUCUAGAUUGGGAGGCAAUAAGCAGCAGAGGCAGAGUAACAAACAUUUGAGAAAACCUUUUAUAAUAAGGAACAUAAGUACUUCUGAUCUUAGGUUUCAUGAUAUGGUUGAUCCAAAUGGAUCAAACCCAAGUAAAAAUAUUGUGAUUGUGAUGGAUGGCUUGGCUGAAUUUACAACUGAGGUUCUUCAAUGGGUUCUUCACAACAUAGUGAUCAAUUGUUCUGGAUGUGUUAUCACUCUUCUUGGAGUUAUGCCUUGGCUUAAUAUUCCAUUGUCUACAAAGACAUGGUUGGAUAUUUGGUCUGUGGAUUUAGAAGAACUUGCCAAAGAGAGAAGUGAAAAUAUCAAGAACGAUUUCAAGUAUCUAAAGUUGAAGGCUGUUCUCGAUCUUUGCCGUAGUUAUGGGGUGGUGCUGCAAAAGAAAGUCGUGAUGGGAUAUCCAUCGCGACAUCUGGUCAUCGAGCAAAUCAUAAGCCUUGAUGCCACAUGGGUCGUAUUUGAUAGGCAUCAAAAGAAGACAGAGUUUUAUGGGGAAAAAGUUGGAUGCAAGAUGAUUGUGAUGAACGAAAGGGGUGAGGCAGACAUGAUUAUUGAUAACAAAUUAGUAGAAAGUACUACCAAUUUUACAAGGGCUGCUGGAGAAUUGUCUACUAAUACUGAGCUCCACAUUUCAGACCAACAAUGUGAUGAUGACAAUGAAAUAAUUUUACAUGUUUAAUAUAUCAGGACUUUUUCCAAUAAUCUAUAUAUUAUUGUCUUAUUUCAUCUAUUACUCAUGAUCUAUUUCUCCUUUUCUUAAUAAGUUAAUAUUGUCUGUUUUCGGCCUCAUAAUUUUAUUUUUGGGCACUUUUUUAAAAUGCCUCGUACUAAUAGAGAUAUUGUCUAUCCUUAUAUAUAUUUUACAUUUUUAGUCAACAUGAAAAUUUAGUUGCACACUCAACAACUAUUGUAAUUUGUAAUAGCAUCAUCAUAAUGAUAUAUCAAAUAUUACGUUUUUUUUCUAAUAAUAUUUGCUGCCAGCUGUUAGGUAAUGGUUGUUUUUUUAACUAUGUGAAAAUGUGGUUGUAUUUUUUAGUCAUGUAAAAAUUACAAUGAUAAUUUUUGACUGAGGCAUAUGCACAUAUUCAAAUGCAAGAUUAAUUUUUUGUAUCUUGUUCAUACAUCUAAGAAGAUUUAUAAAUAGAGCUCUAUCUAUUUCAUUUGC